AUGGGCAGUGAAACUCCAGCAUUAGGAAAACCAGUCCUCCCAUGGAAGACACGACUAGUCCUUAAAAUAAUCUCAGUCGCAACAGAUGUGUCACGUCGGUCAAACGGUACCAUACACAGACGCAUGCUUAAUCUCUUUGAUUUCAAGUCUUCUCCUUCCCCUAACAAACCUGUCCACUCUGUCCUCUCCUCUGAUAUCACCGUCGACCCGACCCGCAACCUCUGGUUCCGCCUCUACACCCCAACAAACAGUGGCGGUGGUGAUGAUGAUGACACUGCUGCCUUUUUGCCUGUUUUGAUAUUUUUUCAUGGAGGUGGGUUUUCUUUCUUAAGUCCUGCAUCAAGAGUAUACGACCUUGUUUGUCGCAGGUUUGCCCGAAGACUUCAUGCUAUUGUUCUCUCGGUUAAUUACCGUCGUACUCCUGAACAUCGAUUUCCUGCUCAAUACGAUGAUGGAUUUGAUGUGCUUCGGUUCCUGGACGACAAUCGAGCCAAUGGGUUAUUGCCGCCGAACGCUGACUUGUCCAGGUGUUUUGUCGCCGGAGAUAGUGCCGGGGCAAAUUUGGCCCAUCAUGUUGCUGUUCGGGCUUGUCGGGCCGGGUUUCAGUUAAUUAAGGUAAUUGGGCUGGUUUCUAUUCAGCCAUAUUUUGGCGGGCAAGAGAGGACCGAGUCCGAAUUACGAUUGGUCGGGUACCCAUUGGUGUCAGUGGAGCGAACCGAUUGGUGUUGGAAAGCGUUUCUGCCCGACGGAUCGGAUCGGGAUCAUUAUGCGGUGAACGUGAGUGGACCGAAUGCCGAGGAUAUUUCGGGUCUGGAUUUUCCGGAAACGAUUGUGAUUGUUGGUGGAUUCGAUCCGUUACAAGAUUGGCAAAAGAGGUAUUAUGAGUGGCUAAAGAAAUCCGGGAAAAAGGCUACAUUACUCGAGUAUUCCAAUAUGUUCCACGCAUUCUAUGUCUUCCCCGAAUUGCCCGAGUCUUCAAAAUUAUUCUCGGAGGUCAAAGAAUUUGUUGCUAAAAGACUGUCUAAGCUAUAG